AUGAAGGUCUUCUGUCUGCGGUCCAAGUCUGAGAGUGAAGACUGCAUCAAGAACCACAUUAUCAAGAUUCAGACUCAGUUCGGCACGAAGAUCAAGUUUGUUCGGCAUAAUGGAGCGCAUGAGUUCGCGAACAACUCGAUCAAGAUCUUCUACGAAGAUCAUGGUAUCGAACAACAGAUCACGGUGCCGUAUGCACACCAGACCAACGGCACCGCAGAACGCGCGAUAAGGACCAUCGUCACGAUCGGACGCAGCUUGUUGCAUCAUGCAAAACUGGAGAAGUGUUUCUGGGCUGGAGCGGCAAUGACGGCGAUCUACAUCAAGAACCGCCUGCCUUCAUCCAAGAUCGACCACAAGACUCCGUUCGAGAUCGUGUACAAGUCGAAACCAAGUAUCAAGCACAUGCGCGUGUUUGGAUGUUGGGCGUUCAUCCUGACACCAAGGGAGAAGCGAUUGAAGUGGGACCCGAAGGCUCGUGAAGGGAUGUUUAUGGGCUACGAAGAAGCGUCAAAAGCUUAUCGAGUGUACGACAUUGAGGCGGGCCAAGUGGUGAUCAGUCGUGACAUCACCUUCGACGAAUCGACUUUUGACUUUUCGAUGGACCGACCAAGUGACGAUGAUGAAGAUGCGGAGUUGGACCUCGACCUCCUGGCGAUCAACGAGGACGACGUGCAUCAAACCGUCUACAAGCAAACUGGCAAGCGCAAGAGUGAAGCAAGACCCGGCAUGUCACGUUCAGCUCGCCCUCGAACUGGGUUGGAACAAGCAAGUGCGCCGGAACACGUCUCCAACCGUCACCAGAAACGACGAUCAAGUGCUCCAGAAACGAUGUCUGAUGAAGAAGAAGAUGCAAACGUCUACGAUCAAGAUGACGACUCGACGCCUCCAACAUUUUGGCGUGCAAGCGCAAACGCAGUGGAAGCAACGGACCUAGCAGAACCUGUGACUUUUCAAGACGCGAUCAAUUGUCCUGAUCAAGCUCACUGGCGAAAUGCUGUGAAGGCGGAACUCAAGUCGAUGCAUCUUCGUGGAGUUUUCCGUGCGGCAAAAACUGCCAAGAGGCCAAGGCGCGAUCGGCACCAAGCGAUCUACGGUCUCAAGCAAGCUUCACGUGUGUGGAACGAGACUUUCGACGAGUUCGUAUGCUCUAUCGGUUUCAAAGUGUCGGCGUUCGACCCAUGUCUCUACAUCAAGGUUGUCGAAGGUCACUGUGUGCUCGUGCUGGUCUACGUGUAUGACGUGUUGGUCACCGGCAGCUCGCUCGAGUUGAUUGCGCAGACGAAGGCCGACCUCAAGACGCGUUUCGAGAUGACCGACAGUGGCAAGUGUACUUUUGUACUGGGCAUCGAACUGGUGGACGAAUCGGAUGGCAGCGUGACGAUGUGCCAGCGACGGUAUGUCAACGACAUCCUCAAGCGCUUCGGCAUGGAUGAGUGCAAGGCCACAGCAAGUCCGGUCGACUUAAACACUCGGCUUGUCGCAAGCAGCGAAUCGGCCAAGAUCGACGUUCCGUUUCGUGAAGCUGUGGGAGCUUUGAUGCACUUGACGACUGCGACGCGCCCGGACAUUGCGUAUGCUGUAGGGUACGUCUCGCGCUUCAUGGAGAAUCCGCAGCAAGAACAUUGGACGGCGGUGAAGCGCAACUUUCGUUACUUUCAAGGAACCAAGUCGCACGAACUCCGCUUCCAGCCAAGCGACAAGAUCGACUUUCGUGGCUACUCGGACGCGGACUGGGCCGGCGACCACGCUGAUCGCAAGUCGACUUCAGGUUACACUUUCAUGCUGAUGGGUGCUCCUGUGAGUUGGGGAAGCAAGAAGCAGUCAAGUGUGUCGCUGUCGACGAGUGAAGCGGAAUACAUCGCACUGAGUCUGGCCAUCCAGGAAGGCAAGUGGGUGCAUCGCCUGCUAUGCGAGAUUUUGGCGGCCGCAAACGAACCAGGACCGGACCUCGUCAUCCGUGAAGACAACCAGUCGUGCAUCAAGACGACGAAGAAUCCGGUGAAUCAUGGCCGCGCCAAGCACAUCGACAUCAAGUACCAUCACAUCCAUGAUGAGGUCAAGCGCGGUGAAGUGCAGCUCGAGUAUUGCGAGACUUCCGUGAUGAUGGCGGACAUCAUGACCAAGGGACUUUCGGGACCUCGCCACAAGGACUUGACGACGGCUCUCGGCAUUCGUGCGAGUUCGGAUUGA